AUGAAAUACGGACUCGAGUUACAGCAUAACAUUUUCACUCCAUGGCGUUUGUCUUAUAUUGCCUACGAUUUGCUGAAACAAGAACUCAAGACACGUCAAACUCAUCAUGGCUGGACAAGACGGGAUGAGGAUGAUUUUAUUGGUCUAUUGGAUAAUGAACUCACAAAAGUCUAUGAUUUCAUCAAUGCAAAAUUGUCAGAAAUUGAUGCUCGUAUACUCUACUGUGAGCGCACCAUCAAUGCACUACAAGAAAGUGCCUCUGCAUCCCCAGAUAUGAACUAUGGCUUGAUGGACGAAACAUUAACUGAAAUCCUCUUUGACGUCAAUGAUCUCUCAAAGUUCACACGUGUAAAUUUCACCGCAAUUCAAAAGAUAUUGAAGAAGCACGACAAAUGGACGCAGUUAAAUUUGAAGCAGGAUUAUGUACAGACUUUGCGAAGUAAACCACUUGAUAAACAACGAUUUGAUGUAGCAAUCAUAUACAUAUCUGCUCUUCAUGAUAUUUGUCGGAACCGAGGAGAAAAACAUAUAGGGAAUUCAGCUGCAGGUGGCAACCAAAAUGCAUUUGAACGUGCCACAGCAAAAUACUGGAUCCACCCUGACAAUGUAACCGAAGUCAAAGCAAUCAUCAUGUUACACUUGCCUGUGUUGAUCUUCGAUAAGAACAAACAAUGGGAAGCUUCAGACUCAGCAAUAUCUAGUAUUUAUUUUGAAAACUCAAACUUUGAUCUCUACACUGGCCGUCUUCAACGUGAUGAAGGAGCAGAAGCAAUACGAUACAGAUGGUACGGGCCUAUGGAAUCCCAGGACAUUUUUAUUGAGCGCAAAACACAUCAUGCACCUUGGCUUGAUGGUGCCUCCGUCAAGGACCGUUUUAGGCUUAAAGAGAACCAAGUGAACAAUUACACACUAGGAAGACUUACUGCAGACUCAAUAGCGAACGAAUUACGCAGAAAAGGCACGAAUCCAGAAGCUGUCAAAGAUGUCCAAUUUAUUGCACAAGGCAUACAAACGUCUUUAAAAGAAAAGGGGAUACAGCCUAUGCUCAGAGCAUUUUAUAAUCGCACAGCAUUCCAGCUUCCGGGAGAUCAGAGAGUACGAGUAUCGCUUGAUACUGACCUCACAUUUAUAAGAGAAGACCACAUAUACACUGAAAGCUGCCAGAGACAACGUCCUAACUGGCGUCGUACCGAUGUUGGCAUUGACUAUCCAUUCUCUUAUGUCCCAGAAAAGGAUAUUUUGCGUUUCCCUUUUGCAGUCCUAGAAACGAAACUCCAAACCCAUCUCGGCCAAGAGCCACCUGCUUGGCUCACUUCUUUACUGGAAUCCCACCUGGUCCAUGAAGUCCCUCGUUUCUCAAAAUACCUUCAUGGUGCAGCUCAUUUUUAUCACGAUCGUCUCCCACUGCUACCGUGGUGGCUAUCUGAGCUCAAUGUGGAUAUACGAAAACCCCGAGCAGAGAAUUCAGGCUUAACAAGAUCCCGCAGUUUCAAACCUCUUAUUGAUGGUCGUUAUCGUCGGGCAAUGAUAGAAGAGAAAGAAAGGGCACAGAACCUAACUAUAGAUGUAGAGCAAGACCAAAUAAGCAAUCAAAGUGAUCAAGUCACAACCUUACUUUCUACUUCUUCUGAAGCACAUGCAAGUAAAAAGAAAGGAUGGCUAAAUAAGAUAAACGAUCCAUAUUCAGCCUUACUUCCCAUGUCAAAACCGACGAAGGAAGAAACAAGUGCACCACAAGCAAGCGAAUCUUCUAGCGAAAAGCCAAAGAAACAAAAAAAGAUGAAGGUGGAGCCUAAAGUAUUUUUUGCAAAUGAGCGUACUUUUAUAUCCUGGCUCCAGUUCUCAGCCUUACUUCUUACUGUUGCUCUCAGUUUAUUGAACUUUGGAGAUCAUGUUUCCCGUGCAGUAGGCGGAGCUCUCAUAGGAUUGGCUACGGCAGUUGCAGCCUACGCCUUGUACCGCUUCGAGAAACGAUCAUGGAUGAUUACCAAUCGCAUCGAGGGUCGCUAUGACGAUGUCUGGGGUCCCGCUGUAUUAUGUAUUCUUUUAAUAACUGCACUAGUGGUAAGUUAUAAAUAA